AAUGCAACGCCGAGUUUUUUUAUUAUGGAAUCCGUUUACUGGAAAUGGAACAUCUUCUGAUUAUGAUGGAGAGUGUUUUUUAAAUGUAAAUAAUCUGAAGGAUGGAGAAAAAUACUAUUUGAAGCAAAAGAUAUCAGAUCAUACUGAAGCAUAUGAAGUAGACGACAAAAGUGAUACCGUCGAUAAACAAGUGACUUUGUUUUCCGUUGGCUUCUCAAAUCAACCUCAAUUAAUUCAUUUUAGUGAAAAUAAGCGACGUAAAAUUGACUAUAGCGAUACAGAAUAUGACAGCUCGUCUAUUGAAGCAGCAGUUGGCCAGCAAUUUUCAAGUAGUGUCUCGGAAGCCUCAUCAGAAAUAACUGAGCCUAGUCCAACUAAACCAAAGGCUACUGAAAAGAAAGCCAACAAGAGAAGGGGCAGUUGUGCAGAAGGAUUUACUUGGUACGAAUGUUCAAAUAUUGAAGACUGUGAAGAGCAAAUAAAACAGCAUUGCGAAAGUAACGGCUUCACUUAUAAGACAGAAUUUGACGAGAUACUUCACCAAGAAGAUAUAAGUUGGGCUCAAAAAAGUCAUGAAACUUUCUGGGAAGCGGAACAUAACAACCAAUAUUGGUAUCCUUUCAACAGCACACCUUUUUGGAUUAUUGGAAAGAGAGACUACAAAUGUUCAGAAAUGGACACGAAAACAUCUUGUGAAGCUAAAAUUUUUAUUAAACAGAUUAUUACGUUUCCCGAUAUACAAACUAAAAACAAAGAAGAUUUAAGUUGUCUCGAAGAGUAUAAAGCUCUAUGCGAAGAAGUCGAUGAAUAUUUAAAAGGAUACCACCAAGUCGAGUUGAAAUAUUUCAUAGGUAUUCCAGAAAUAUCAGUCCAUAACCACAUGAAAUUAAAUCAAAUUUCGAUUGUUGGAGCCCCUGAGAGUAAAAUUCGUAAAAUAUGUAAUAAAGACGACGGAUUUGUUGUUGUAUGGCCAUGUCCUGUUUGUGAUAAAAAAUUUAAAGCUCUUUCGUGCACAAAACGCCACAUCUAUUCACAUAUAAGAACACAUAUGCAUUUUUGUGUGAUUUGCAGUAAGAGUUUCAUGAGGCCGGAACAAGUUCGAAAUCACGCUCGUGUCCAUCAUCCUGACAAAGAAGCACCUUUGUGCGUUGGUGAGAGAGAUCACACAGAUGAAGUGUUUCAAAUGCCAAUAAACGAAGUUCGAAUUCCUCGAAGUGAAGUUUACAAAGACUCUUGUCAUAUGAUAGUUACGCAUGAUGAUCUCAAAAACCCCAAACAAAGGAAAAGAAGGGAAACAAACGCAUCAGGAAUUGGUGUGGACGAAGGACAGUCUGAAGUGGCGGAGGCUGUACUGCAAGUUGAAAGAGCGACAGAUAACGAAUAUCUUGCAGAAAUAUACGAGUGCUUGCACUGUCGUUUUCGUGAUCAAUCUUUUACAGCCGUUCAAAAUCACGAGUGCAAAGCUCAAACAAACUGA